UUGGGCGGCAACCGGGCCUUUGACAGUGUGAUCCACAACCACCCGGCCGAGUGGUCGGGUCGAGCAGCGAUGUUCCAGUCGUCUGGCCUCUUCGCCCGGGUGCCCUGUCCUUUCCCCAGGCGCUGCUGCAAACGCCCCCAUUGCUGGUACAAACAUCCUGAGGACGGGGGACGUUUGUUAGGUUACUCCUCGCCGUCGUCGUCAUGGUGGUCAUUACCGCCUAUAGAACUAACAGGUGCCCAAGAUGGCAUUCAGUCCACCUUGUGUACGCCACAAGUUGUAGACUAUGCCAAAGAUAAGUCCUUCCAAGAGCUGGAACACAUCAACAAGAAGAUCGAAACAGCUAAGUAUGAAGUAGAGAAGGAGCAGAGGAAGCUGUCAUGCUACCGUGCAGUAGAAGGUGAACAUACAAAUGGCUGUUGGUAUAUACGCCCCAAUAGGAUCAAAGCACCCACCCAAUCGAGGAAGUACGUGCUUGACAAUUCCAAGCCAAGGACCGACUUGGAAUACGAUCCCAUGUCCAACUUCACUGCCGAAUUCAGGUCAUACAAGUCGUCUAGUCUGGCGCUGAAAGGGAAAGAGGUGCACCAAGUUGAUUUAAAAAAGCCAGUCAGCCAUCACGUGGCGCCGUAUUGCUCUCCAUCCUCUGAGAUACAAGAUGACGCCUACGAUGAUGACGUCCUGAUAAUUGACAUACCAGACUCACCUAACAGGAAGUUGGCUCAAGCUCACUGUGAUCUUGAUACUGUCAGCACGCCAGUGCAGGAGAAUUCCCGGAACAAAGAUCGCAAAGCAUCAGCUUCAAGUGUGGUUGAGCUGAUUGAGUGUGUGGAAGACUUCACCAGCAAGAGUCCCAAUCACAAAGUUAGUUGUUUUCAGUCCACUGAAGUUGAACCAGAUCACAUUUCGGACGAGGACAACGAGACGGUUUGCGUCAAGGUUCCAAAGUGCUUGGAGACGAAGCGGCACACCGCAGAGUGCCAGCUACCCAAGAAGACAGAAGAACGUCAGGAAUCAAUCUGUACUAUACCAAACAGCCACCAGGAGUCAGCAGAGGCCUCCCCGGGCAGCAGCCAGCUUUCAAUAGAAAUCCUCUCAUCUCCCAAAGAGAGUUUUUCUUUGAAAGCAGCCAGUGAUACGGUCAUCAUCAUCAAUUCCAGCUCAGACGAAGAUGAAGAAGAGAUGGAUGUGGAGCUGUCUGACAGCGACCCUGUGGCGGAGUGUUACCGCAUCUUCAUGGAGGCAAACAACCAGGAAGGUGGCGGUGAUCAGGAGCAGCCAGAGGCGCCUAUGGAACCGAAGGAUGUGGAGAAACCCAACCAACCUGACAUUCCAGCCAUCAAACCGCAAGAACUGCCAGCGAAGAGGAGGAUCGCACAUGAAUCCAAAGAUGCAGAGGUUGCAGCAGUGAAAAGGAGGCCGCAGGUUCAGGUGCUGGUUCCAUUACGAGGACCAGUGAAAGCAUCCCCAGCCUCUCAGCUUGUUGGCGGUGUGCCCAAGAUUCAGCAGGUCCAGCAGAAGGCGGCCAUUUUGACAGCUGCCCUGAAAGGAGGCCAAGCGUUCCUUUCGUCCGUUGGGCAAAGGAAGCCCAUGCCUGCUCCUCUUUCAGUGCCUCAUCCUUCAACUCCUCCUGCAGCGACUGUCAACACUUCGCCUGCUCAUCAACAGAAAGUGUGCGUCAAAUACAUACCUAUGGGCUCCGCCGUCCUCAACGUGGACAACAACAUGCGCCUGAUCCUCCCUCCGGGCACACUGCCUCCCAACUCCACCUCCAGCGAGGUAACCCCAGUCCUUACCCCCAUCACUCAAGUGUGCCUGGGCCCUAUCACUGGCAAAACGCUGAGCGUCCCAGCGCAGACGUAUCGCUCCACUGCGCCUCUGCUCAUUCCUGCCGCCGCACGAAGACCCUCCCAGUCCUACUCUGCGGUGUCUGUUCCAACCGCCACCAGUAAAACGCCCAGCCAAGCCGCUAUGAAGCCAGGAGCCACCAAACGAAAAGCAAAGCAGCAGAGCGAGGCUACCAAAGAGAAAGUGCCCCAUGACAUCCGACAGCGCUACGUCACCCAGUUCACGGAGGCGUUCCUCGAUACGUCCGCCGAUAUCGACGAGGCCUUCAAAAAGGCCCUAGCUGAGGAGAAAACUGUGUACAAUCGCAGUGUCAACAAGCUGAAGUAUCUUAGCAUUGCUGUGAAUGCGCUGAAGAGAUUAAAAAAGCAGAAUUCUGUCACUUGCAGUGAUGAGAAAGCCAAUGGGAAAAAUCCUAAAGGAAAUAUUCCACUAAACCGGAAGCAGCUCAAAGGAAAUGAUGACGCUUCUUUGUAUGAGAUUUUAAGGGAUUACGUUCUAAGUGAGGAGCAGCUGAUUGAGAGUAACUAUCCUGUCCACCACCCUGAGAAACCCGGCUGCGCUGUCCUUUUCGCCAACAAUAAGAAGGGCGGCAACGACCCCCUGAAGAGGAUUUGCUGUCGGUGCGGAGCCACAUACUCUGUGAACAAAGCGGGCAAGCACACCCGAACGGAAGAGUGCAACUAUCACUAUGGGAAAGGAGUGGAGAACAGAGUGCCAGGCGGGGUGGAGACUCGCUACAGCUGCUGUCAGGGAGUCAUGGGAGCACCCGGUUGCCAAAUUUUUAAGUUGCAUGUGCACGAUUCCCUUACCAUGGAUGGAUUUGUAUCAACCAUCCCCAGACGUCCUGCAGAUAGCAGCUGCCCCGGAGUCUACGCGUUGGACUGUGAAAUGUGUUACACUAUUCACGGUUUGGAGCUGUCGCGAGUGACAGUGGUGGACUCGAGCCUCCAAGUGGUAUACGACGCAUUUGUCAAGCCACACGAUGAGGUCAUCGACUACAACACCAGGUUUUCGGGCAUCAAUGAGGAGGACGUGAAGGCCAACCACGUGUCUCUGGCAGAGGUGCAGAAGACCUUAUUGAGCUUCAUCAGUGCUGACACCAUUCUGAUUGGCCAUGGCCUCGAGACAGAUUUCUGCGCCCUCAAGUUGCUCCACGGCACGGUGGUGGACACGGCAGCGGUCUUCCCCCACCGCCUGGGCCCCCCUCACAGACUGAGCCUCAGCAGCCUCACAGCAGAACACCUGACCAGGAUCAUCCAAGAGAGCGUGUGUGGCCACGACACGGCAGAAGAUGCCGCUGCCUGCAUGGAGCUCAUGUUGCUGAAGGGCAAAGAUGGCAAAAUGAAAAGAAAUGAUGGCAAAAACACAUCAAACCCACCCACAAAUUGCACAUAGUUUGAAAAAAGAAAAACCGUUACGUAGCAUGUUGCAUUAUUGAGUCAUGCUGCUGAACUUUUUGUUAAUUUUGAUAUUGUUUGUGUUUAUACACUGAUGUAAAUGCACUUAACUAUGGGUUAAGACAUGACUGAAGUGGGUG